UUGAAUUCAAUACAUCUACUAAUGAUAUUAUUUUAACAUCAGAUAGUGAAAACAAAGAUUAUUUUAAAAAUAAUGAGAUCGGGCAAAAAAUUAUUGAUAUACAUACUUUAAAGAGAUAUAAUAAACAAUCAAUACAUUCUAGUACUACAGAUACACAAAGGAAAAAAGAAAAUGCAUCAGGAUGAUCGUUACUCAAUGCGAAGAGUUAUUGCAAUUGUACCUAGAAUAACCCGGCAAUAUGUUCGUAAGCUAAUUGAGACAGAACAGCGAUUAAUAAUAUGUUUAAGGGUUCGUAAUCGCGGAUCACUCGCUUGUUAACUUUUCGGGUCUCUCGGACGACUGACUGGUCGGAGCGCUUAGGCAUUUCACCCAAAAACGGGGCAAGCGUGCCUCGCAGGGAAGAUCACGACGUGCUCACGCUUGAGAGUCGUAUAGUAUCACGCGCCUAUCAUGCCGAAUAACAGUUCGGACGGACUCCGAACAGAGAUUAUUCAUUUAGACGGAGUGCAGGCUCGUACUCCUAAAAUUUCACGAUAUAAUAACGGCAAUGUGCCCUACGAGCUACAGAUCCAGAGUAAUACAACAAUCUUCAAUUUUGGGAAAUAUAAUAUGGAACGAACCAAUUUAAUCGAACCGGAGCUUGUGGAGUUUUGUGAUGUAAUGAAUACAUCAUCAAGAGUCGCAUUAGAGGACUAUAUAAAGUCCAAUUUUGGGCCAAUUUAUAAAACUAAUUUGAAUAAGAAAAUUGGAUGUGGAUCCAUCACUGAUGGGUACUUUAAAUUAGAAGUACAUAUUACAAGUUUUGAAGAAAACGAUUAUGAACUUAUGAAAGGAGAUAAAAUUAAAGUAAUUGGCGAGAUGCAAUAUGCAAUUGAUCCACCGUACUUUUCAGUACAAAGUCUAAACAUUAAGAAAUUAGAAGACCGAAUGUCUUUGACUACUAUAAUAAAUGUUAAUCGCACGUUAAAAAAAAAGAAAUUUGAAGAAAAUUCAUCACAACAGGUAAAAAUUAUAUCAUCAUUAAAAGUAAUAAGUGUAAUCGGUGUGUGUACAAGAGAGAAACAGAGAGUGCAAACUUCUCCAUUUGUUUACAUAAACAGCUUCAGUAAGCAACCACUGCGAAGUAGCAAAUAA